GCCUGUUAUCCGCAGCGUGAUUGAUUUUUUUUUCCUUCCUUUUCUUCUAAACUUCUUCCAGGGAGAGGCUAGUGGUAACAGGCCGAGCUGGAUGGAUGGGUAUGGGGAGAGGGGCAGGACGUUCAGCCCUGGGAUUGUGGCCGACCCUCGCCUUCCUUCUCUGCAGCUUCCCCGCAGCCAUCACCCCCUGCAAGAUUCUCAAGUGCAACUCUGAGUUCUGGAGUGCCACAUCAGGCAGCCACGCCCCUGCCUCUGACGACGUGCCGGAGUUCUGUGCAGCCCUGCGUACUUACGCCCUGUGCACACGGCGGACAGCCCGCACCUGCCGGGGCGACCUGGCUUACCACUCAGCUGUCCAUGGCAUAGAGGACCUCAUGAGCCAGCACAACUGCUCCAAGGAUGGCCCCACCUCACAGCCACGCCUACGCACGCUCCCACCAGCUGGGGACAGCCAGGAGCGCUCGGAUAGCCCCGAGAUCUGCCACUAUGAGAAGAGUUUCCACAAACACUCAGCUGCCCCCAACUACACUCACUGCGGCCUCUUCGGGGACCCACACCUCAGGACUUUCACAGACCACUUCCAGACAUGCAAGGUACAAGGUGCCUGGCCGCUCAUCGACAAUAAUUACCUGAACGUGCAAGUCACCAACACACCUGUGCUGCCUGGCUCUGCCGCCACCGCCACCAGCAAGCUCACUAUUAUCUUCAAGAACUUCCAAGAGUGUGUGGACCAGAAAGUGUACCAAGCGGAGAUGGAUGAGCUUCCGUCUGCUUUUGCGGAUGGCUCCAAGAAUGGUGGGGAUAAACAUGGGGCCAACAGUCUGAAGAUCACAGAGAAAGUGUCAGGCCAGCAUGUGGAGAUCCAGGCCAAGUACAUCGGCACCACUAUCGUGGUACGCCAGGUGGGCCGCUACCUGACCUUUGCCGUCAGAAUGCCCGAGGAAGUGGUCAACGCUGUGGAGGACCGUGAUAGCCAAGGCCUCUACCUCUGCCUGCGGGGCUGCCCCCUCAACCAGCAGAUCGACUUCCAGGCUUUCCGUGCCAACGCCGAAAGCCCUCGUAGGCCGGCAGCUGUCAGCCCCUCUCCUGUGGUCCCUGAGACAUUCCCGUAUGAGACCGCUGUGGCCAAGUGCAAGGAGAAGCUGCCUGUAGAAGACCUGUACUACCAGGCCUGUGUCUUCGACCUCCUCACAACUGGUGAUGUGAACUUCACACUGGCUGCCUACUAUGCCUUGGAGGAUGGCAAGAUGCUCCACUCCAACAAGGACAAGCUGCACCUGUUUGAAAGGACUCGGGAACUGCCAGGUGCUGUGGCUGCAGCAGCAUUUCCCUUGGCCCCCCAGGUGCUCCUCGGCACCUUCACACUUCUGGCCCUGCUGCCUAUGUUGUGGUAGACAUUUGGCCACAUAAGAGGGAAGUACAGAUGGUGCCUGGAGCCUAGGGCUCUUGUCCCUGCCUUCUCCUUUGUCUGAGGGCCCAAGUCAGUGGCAGGAUGCAGCCCAGCAGGCGGGCUCCCUGUGACCCAGUGUUCUCUGCACCAUUUGGCAGCAGAGGUGGCCUCUGGAUGAUGGCCAGUACCGAGCCACCCUCGUAUGCUUUGGCUGGGGGGCUCAGGGCCUGAGACAGCUCUCCUCUCUCUCUCUUAGUGCACGCGACAAGGUUGUGGUGAUUGGUGCUGUGUUUUUGUGACAGUAGAGUUGUGUGAGAGGGAGAGCAGCUCUUCCACCCUGACCCCACCGUGUGAAUGUGCAAACCAGAGCCCCAUAAGCUGAAGUCCCAUCCCCAUUACCAGAGAGACACUGGGAAAGUUGGCUCCUUCCGCAUCCUCACAAUGCACUGAGAUAGGCCCGGCUGACUGCUGCACACCUACUCUGGGGCCUCCUGUGCCCUCCUACAUACGCGCGCGCGCACGCGUACACACUGUUACACAAGCACACUCGCACACACUAAGCCCAUGGGGACACCCCAAGCCACCAUGUCAGUGGGGCUGAAGCAUCUACACAGUUCUUUCCCUAGGCAGGGCCUCCUUAGCAAUACGACAUCCCUAGAGAGCCCUCGCUCAGCAUCUUUAACAGAUGGAUGGAACCGUGUGGCCAAUAGGCUGUGCCCUCCUGGUACCUUUCCACCCCGUGCUACACAGAGACUGCCCUGUACAUCCCAGCUACCGUGGAUAUGAGUUUGAGGUGCCAUUCCCAGGCACCUGCCUGCAGAGCCCCACAGUUGGAGGGAAGAUGUGUUUUGGCCUGAGGUCUUAGAAGUGCCACUCAUGGGCUCGGAUCCCCAUCUCUGGCUCCACCCUCUGCCCUUCCUCCAUUGCACUUAAGAAAUCUAAGUGCUUGGUUCUGAAUGUUUCAACAGAGAAUUGAUCCUCCGGUUCCUGCUAUCUCUCCCCCCACACCCCCAGCAAGUGUAAGAGCCCCUCAGCAGGGGCCCUGGGGCCUCAGGGCAUGAGCAGCAGAUCCAGUGGAUAGGGCCAGCUGGCCUGCCCUGUCCUCUGCUCUCCUCACCUGCCUCCUAGACUUCCCUAACUGCUGGUCAGCGGCUCCACUUCCCACCCCAGCCCUCUUGCCUGGAUUUCUUGGUGGGGAGAGUAGUGUCUGAGGCCUUCCAGAACCUUGUACCCUGGCAGAGUCUCUUCCCAUUAGUGCUUUCUUUAAACUCUCUGGCCAGGGGCCUGCCAUUGGGAGCCCAGAGCUAUUCCCAUCUCUGCUGCUGUUCCAGAGGUCCCCAAGGGACCAGCAUGGUGGUGCAGCUGGCCCCAUGGGCCACUCAGCCAGUGGCCCUGCAUCCCACCCUAGCCCCACUUAAUGUUUGCAGCACAGCCCUCUGCUGCUCCCCAGGGACCUCUCAUACACUGGCCAGGAGGCUGCAGAACCUGCCUCUCCCUCCCAGAGGUCCUGACCCCUGCCAAAACCACAUGGGUAGCUGGGAGGGGUCAGCCCAGCCCCCUCCUCCUCCCUGCUGGUUUUUUAGCUAUCCCUAUGUUGGAAGUAAAAAGUUGAAGCACUUUAUUUUGGUUGUGUUUGAUCACAGUUCUGCUUGGAAGUGGGGACCCCUCACUGUGUCCACCUGUCUGCGACCUGUGUGGAGUGUCACUGCGUGUACAUACUGUAAAUUAUUUAUUAAUGGCUAAAUGCAAGUAAAGUUUGUUUUGUUUUGUUAUUUCUUUUUGGA